GGACACCCGGAGUGGAGGCAAUCCUUUCUUUCAGCUGGAGUGCUCCUCAUGAGCCAGCGUCACCCUUAGAAAAUAUGUUUUCCAUGAGAAUCGUCUGCCUGGUCCUAAGUGUGGUGGGCACAGCAUGGACUACAGAUACUGGUGAAGAUGACUUUCUAGCUGCAGGAGGAGGAGUGCGUGGCCCAAGGGUUGUGGAAAAACAACAAUCUGUCUGCAGAGAUUCAGACUGGCCCUUCUGCUCUGAUGAAGACUGGAACUACAGAUGCCCUUCUGGCUGCAGGAUGAAAGGGUUAAUUGAUGAAGUCAAUCAAGAUUUUACAAACAGAAUAAAUAAGCUUAGAAAUUCACUAUUUGAAUAUCAGAAGAACAAUAAGGAUUCUAAUUCAUUGACCAGAAAUAUAAUGGAAAUUUUGAGAGGCGAUUUUGCUGCAGCCAAUAACCGUGAUAAUACCUAUAACCGAGUGUCAGAAGAUCUGAGAAGCAGAAUUGAAGUCCUGAAGCGCAAAGUCAUAGAAAAAGUACAGCAGAUCCAGCUUCUGCAGAACAAUGUUAGGGCUCAGCUGAUUGAUAUGAAACGACUGGAGGUGGACAUUGACAUUAAGAUCCGAUCUUGUAGAGGAUCCUGCAGUAGGGCUUUAGCUCGUGAAAUAGAUCUGAAGGACUACGAAGAUCAGCAGAAGCAACUUGAACAGGUCAUUGCCAAAGACUUACUUCCCUCUAGAGACAGGCAACACUUACCACUAAUGAAAAUGAAAGCAGUUCCAGACUUGGUUCCCGGACAUUUCAAAAGCCAGCUUGAAAAGGCGCCCCCAGAGUGGAGGGCAUUAACAGAAAUGCAGCAGAUGAGAAUGGAGUUAGAGAGACCUGGUGGAAAUGAGAUUGCAGGAGGACACUCCACCUCUCAUGGAACAGGAUCAGAGACGGAAAGCCCCAGGAACCCUAGCGGUGCUGGAAGCUGGAACCCGGGGAGCACUGGACCUGGAAGUACUGGAAACCGAAACCCUGGGAGCUCUGGACCUGGUAGUACCGGAACCUGGACACAUGGGAGCUCUGGAUCNGGUAGUACCGGAACCUGGACUCCUGGGAGCUCUGGAUCUGGAAGUACUGGCAAUGAAAACCCUGAGAGCUCUAGACCUGGUAGUACUGGAACCUGGUCUGGCAGCUCUGGAAGUGUAGGUACUGGGACUUGGACCUCUGAGAGCUCUGCAACUGGUAGUACUGGACAUUGGAGCUCUGGAUCUGGAAGUUUUAGGCCAGAUAGUUCAGGCUAUGGGAACACCAGGCCUACCAACCCAGACUGGGGCACAUUUGAAGAGGUGCCAGGAAAGGUAAGUCCAGGGACAAAGAAAGAGUACCACACAGAUAAACUGGUCACUUCUAAGGGAGAAAAAGAGCUCAUGAUUGGUAAUAAGAAGGUCACCUCUGGUAGCACAACCACCACGCGUCAUUUAUGCUCUAAAACUGUUACUAAGACUGUUAUUGGUCCUGAUGGUCACAAAGAAGUUACCAAAGAAGUGGUGACCUCUGAAGAUGGUUCUGACUGUCCCGAGGCAAUGGAUUUAGGCACGUUGUCUGGCAUGGGUACUCUGGAUGAGUUCCGUCGUAGGCACCCUGAUGAAGCUUCCUUCUUUGACACUGACUCAACUGGAAAAACAUUAGAAAGUCUAUUCUCAUCUAGGUUCAGAGAGUAUGAUGGUGAGUCUAUGGACUCAGAAUCUGGCAUCUUUACAGAUACCGGUUCUCAUCACGCUGGGGUACGUGAAUUCCCUUCCAGCAGUAAAACUUCAAGUCACAGCAAACAGUUUGUCAGUAGCACGGCAUACAGCAAAGGAGGCUCCACAUUUCAAUCCAAGAGCCGUGCAAUGGUAGAUUAGGUCUGAAGUGAAGCUGAUCAUGAAGGAACACAUACCAUUAAGAGAAACCAUGCUAAAUCUCCCCUUACCAGAGACUGUGAUGAUGUCCUCUAAACAUAUCCUUUGGGUGCCCAGUGUGACAUUUUCAAUAGCAAGCUACCAGGAUCCAGUAAGAUUUUUUCUGUUUAUUGCAAUCAAGAAACCAGUUUGGGAGGAUAGCUUUUGAUCCAGCAAAGAAUGGAUGGAUCACUGAAUUUUAACUGGACCGGGCAAGACUACAAGAGAGGUUUCGGCAUCUUGAAUGACAAGAGGGAAGGAGAAUUCUGGCUAGGCAACGACUGUCUCCGCUUACUAACCCAGAGCGGCUCUGUUCUUAGGGUUGAAUCAGAGGACUGGGCUGGAAAAGACGCUUAUGCAGAAUAUCACUUCCGGGUAGGCUAUGAGGCCAAAGCCCUGCAGGUCUCCUCCUAUGAAGGCACUGCGGGUGAUGCACUGAUUGAGGGUUCCGUAGAGGAAGGGACAGAGUACACCUCUCACAACAACAUGCAGUUCAGCACCUUUGACAGGGAUGCAGACCAGUGGGAAGAGAACUGUGCAGAAGUCUAUGGGGGAGGCUGGUGGUACAACUGCCAAGCAGCCAAUCUCAAUGGCGUCUACUACCACUGUGGGGUCUUCCAUGACCGAAGGAAUAACAGUCCUUAUGAGACUGAGAACAGAGUGGUCUGAAGAGGGGCAGAUUAUUCCCUCAGGGCUAUUCGCAUGAAAAUUAGGCCCCUUGUGACCCAAUAGGCUGAAGGAGUGGGAGUGGGAGCACUCUGUCUCCUUUGCUAGAGAAGUGGAGAGAAAAUAAGAAAGGUAAAGCAGUUGAGAUUCUCUACAGUCUAAAAAAUUCCUAGGUACUAUUUUCUUAUUCUUUGUACUGUAGGCAAAUGCACCUGAGACAUAUUAGUGCUUUGAAAAAUAAAGUUAUAUAAGUUUUUCUUUAUCUUUAAAUAGCUGUGUGGGUUUUAAAAUGUUUAUAAGGAUAUACCAAGGGACAUUCAGUACAUCAGGAAGGUGUCAGACAGAAGCUUCUCUCUGCAACCUUGAAGAGCAUUGGUUUGAGAACUUCUCUUCCCAUACCACCCAAAGUCAUAAGUCCAUUGCAAAGUAAAAAAGUUAUUUUAUCCAUUUGAUUUGAAUGGUUUUAAACCAAUGUUUUAAGGUAAAACUCACUGAAUCUAACCAUACCUGACCUUUGUAGUAGAAUUUAUGACUUGUAAUUACAAUGUACAAUUUGUAAUUA